AUUUCAAUAAUUUUAUGAAAAAAAUAAAAAAAAAUUUUAACAGGACUUGUACCUAUGUUUUAUUAAACUUGAAUACCUUUUUUAUUGUUUAAAAGUUGAAACUCAUUGUGAUAAGCCGAUGAAUGGGAAUAACCUCUUUCCCUCUCUGUAUGUGUUUGUGUAUGAUUGUUUUCCUUUGUACUGAUCUACUGAAAUGCUCAAGAGUUAACAACCAAGAAUUUUACUAAUACGUGUCAAGUCGAGUGUUAAACUUUUUUACAUCCAUUUGCUAAUUUGCGACCGCGUUUUAAAUUCCAAUUUACCGCGUGAUUAGUUUUACCUAUUAAAUUAACCUAGUUUUAUUUUUGUAACGAGUGACAACUUGCCAUAAUGGUUGGAUUCAUGGAUUGUUUUUCUAUAUAGAGCUCAAAAGCGUAUGAAAGGAACGAGUUUUUGGAAAUGGAAACUUUGUGUUCGUUAGCAUGCCUUACAAUGUAACCGAUGAUCAAGAUUUGAAUAAAAUUUCAGGUACAUAAUUUUUAAUUUCUCGUCUUUAAUGUCUUCAUUUUGUUUUGUUUUUUGUUUGUUUAUUUUUUUUCCAGUAGGGAUAAACAAUAGCAUUUUAGUAGAAAAUUCGAUCACAUUGUGCCUAACCAGAACAUGUAUCAUUGUCCGAAUAACGAGAAUUUUCUUACCGUUCCCGAAUACCCGAUUAAUGAUCACCGGAAUUUCUUACCGUAUAAUACUAAGUCAGCUUCGUAUUAUCAAAGUGGCGCCACAGUUUUCAUUGCAGAAACGAUCAACGUAGCGGUAACUACACCGUUCCUCAAGCAAAUCCGGAGAAUAUCGCUCAUCCUAAUGUGAACGUAAACGCAAUGCACCAAUUAUCUACCGGCAAAAUAUUUUGUCGAAAGUGGCGAAGAAUUGGUACCAGUUAAUAAAUCCAACAGACAAAUGGCGAUUCGUCCUAUUCGCAAGAUGCAUCAUGCAUCACGAACAAGCCAAUGUAUGUACCAUAGUUCCAGCGAACCAUUUUGGGCCUUUACCGAAUAUACCGGUAGGAAGUUGCUGGGAAUAUCGACUGAAAGCUUCCGAAGCCGGUGUUCAUCAUCCUCUCGUAGCCGGUAUUCAUGGUCGUGAUAAUAAAGGUGCGUACAGCAUCGUUAUCAGUGGCUGUUACGCGGUUGAUUUUGAUAACGGAGAUGAGUUCUUCUACUCUGGUUCUGGAGGAAGAGCCAGCGAUCCUUCGAAAAGAUUAAGCGCUCAAAUUCGUAAUCAACUUCUGACCAAAUCAAGCAAAGCUUUGGCGUUAUGUUACGACUGUCCUUUGAAUGACGGAGAAGGCGGUACGGCUAUAAAUUGGAGACCUGGAAAACCCGUUCGAGUCAUCCGAAAUGAUAAAUUAGCCAAGUUUUCGAAAUAUGUUCCGACUGAGGGAAAUCGGUAUGCUGAUUUUACGUACGAAUAUCUCUUUGAUUGAAUUGCUUUAUGGGAAAAUCAACCCUAAUGAUCGAAGACGAUACUGAAGGAGGCGAUCGUAAAGUGACUUUGCGAGAAGAAGUCAAGUUGAAAGUUUUAGGAGAUCAGUUAGUGACACUGGUGAUGUCUAGACGACCGAACGAAAAGAUUUUAGCAAAGUAUUCGUCUCGAUGUUCGGCAAGUCGAUCGAAUUACCAGUUUUAGAAAAAGAGCUCACCGAUACAGUAACGGUCGUCAGAAAUAAUUCGACAGCUGACGCCAUAAUCAAGCUAACACCGUUGGAAAUAUUCGCGCGAGAUGUGUAUCUAUUAAUGAUAUUGUGCGAAGGAAAGUUACCUUUGAAUUCUUUCGAGAAUGCGUACCUAAGAAUGUAGGGUACGGCGGUUCAGCCUUCAGCCGGCAGUAUACGGAUAUCAAACGAUAUCAUCCUUGCUGCAAGCUAUCCCUCAAACCGAUUGUGAUACGUGGUAAACCACCUAAAAGAAUCACCUUACUAAAAAUACAGAAUUAACGUCGGCUGGAUUCCGAUUACCGAAAAGUUUAACGGCGAAUAAUAAUCGCUACUCGUCGUCUUAUCUUCCGAAAGAAAAUAUCGCUCGAUAUCCCGACGGUGAUUCGUUUAACGACUUUGAAAAUCAAUACUUGAUGAGACACGAAUUCGAAAACGAUGGCACGUUUUUCAAGCCGAAUUGCAAUUCUACAGCGUAUCAGCCAAUUCUAGGAAUGAGACUAUGCCAUGAGUGAUGUUACCGGAUUUAACUGUACACCCGGAUACGUAUACGACGAGUCCGCUUACGUCUCCGCAUAAGAGCCUUCACAAUACUAUCGUGUUCGCCGAGCACAUGUUGCAUGCGCCAACAUCCAGAAUUGAAACGCCGUCUUCGGUCCGCCUGCCUUACCCGGUUUACCUGAAUAAUGCCUACAACAAUACCAACGCGUUGAACGGAAGUAAAAUUUCACGAUUGUAGAUCGUACUCGAAUUCGGUUAAUACGUCGCCUGCGCAAGAACGUUGCAGCCGUCAUGCCGAAGAGCUGUGAAGUUAACCCUGAUGAUCAACCAGCGUCCGAAAGUAUAGCAUCGAGUACCGACUCGUUCAGCGAUGGCACUGUCAGCAGUAUUAAUAAACGUAAAGGGAAACCCCUUCGAGUCAUCCGAAAUCAGAAAUCUGCCAAGUUUUCGAAAUAUGCUCCGACUGAGAGAAAUCGCUUUGAAAUAUUUAUUCGCCGAGGCAAUGAGCAUGCAAUGUGUGGAAAUCGAUGCUCCGUCUCAUAUCCAUAAAUUGAUAAUCGUGUCAUGUCGAAUUCAUCGGCGGUACUGAUAAAAUUUAAUCAGAGUCGCAUGUUUACCAGACGUCAUAAACGAAGUGAAGCAAAAGUUGGAAGAAAGAGUUGAUUAUUAUUUACACGAGUACGAUACUGUUGAAAUCGAAGUUAAUCCGAAGUAUUUCAAACACAUUAAGUGGCAAAAGUGGAGAAAAUGUGAGCAGAUUAAAGUGUGGUAACUAACGAUGUUUCGAUUACGAUUACAAACUACACUAAAAAUAGUAUAAAAAUUGAUGGUGCUAAAGAUGAUGUUGCUGUAGUCAAACGUAAACUAGAAGAAGAAAUUAGGAAAUAGGAGAACGAACGAGAAAUUGAAAUUCACGUUGAUCAGAAUCACCACGGGACAUUUAGUGGAAAAUGAACCCGGGGAAUUACAAGAUUUGUACAAAGUUGAUAUAAUCUUCCCGAAUGUUGGUGACACGAGCGAUGUAGUGACAAUCAAAGGACAGAAAGAAGACGUUGAUAAAUGCAAGGAGUAUAUUAUGAAAUCGAUUAAACAAAUGGAUGAAAAUAGCUACGCUUUGAAAGUUCACCAAUUUACAAGAAGUUCCAUAUGUUUGUGACCGGACGUGCUGGAGCCAAUAUUAAGAAAGUACGCGACGAAGCGAAUACUAAAAUCGAUCUUCCAUCGGAAGGAGAUAAAAAUGAUUUGAUUACUAUUACGGGUAAAAAAGAAAAAGGCCGAAGAAGCUCGAGAUCGACUACUUAAAAUACAAAAAAAAAAAAAAUGGUAAAUUCAUCUCGACUGAUUCACCCCUUCGUGUUUCUGGAUUUGAUACAAGCGUGUGUUGUGUUCGAAAAUUUCAGGAAUAGGUUCAUGGAAUAACGGAAGAA